GUUACCUAUUUGGUUUUCAAACAAAAUGUCUAUAAAAUCUGAGAAAUCAUUGCUUGAAGAAUGUUCAGAGAUAAUAGAAAAAAGUUAUUCAGUGAGAAGCGCGUCCGAUGAAAGCUUGUCAUGUGAUGAUGAAGAUGAAAGUCUAGCGCGCGUGCUCAUGAACAAGAUGACUCCAGCAGUGCUGAGCAAAUUACGACGUUGCUUCAAGAAGAACAAAGAGAGGACCAAAGCGCAAGAUAUUGAUAGGCGUGUAGAAGAAGUGAUGCGGGCCGCUGCCGCGGAAGAAGGCAUAGAGUUUGCUGAAGCCGCUCCACAGACUCAAGACACUCUAUGGCUUGAUGAGAACGGCUUUGUAACAUCACUUGAUAAUAUAUUCGGUCACCACAAGUACACAACACACGCACACAAGCUGUUCCAACUCCUGGACGGCUUCAGCAGCGGCAAGGUCUGGUGGAGGCAGCUCAUCAACAGGCUGGUGGCCGUGGGGGCCAAGAAGACCAGCACUAGAGCCGAAGCCUGGACGCCACUCACCGAACAAGAUAUACAGAGGUUGGAACAUUGCAAGAGGGAAACACUGGUGAAAUUGGUGUGCGUGGAACGCGAAGACUCAUUCUGUUACGUGGCGGUGUCGCGUGGCGGUCGUGUAGGCGUCUACAGCGGAGAUAUGAGGCUACUGCAUUCUUAUGAGAUGUUUUACCACAGAUCAGGGUUUCACGGUCGAGUUAAGAAUCGAUGGAUAACUGACGCAAUAUAUCUACCGGACGUACAAUUCCUGAUGAUGUCAGCAUCAGACCGUAGUCUAACAGUGUACGACGCAGAAACAUUGACACACACGCCUCUCUACUGCAUCACUGGUCUGCCCAAUAUACCUACGUGUCUAGCGUACACUCCAUCAUCACACAGCUGUGAUACAUCAGAGCUCGCAUUCGGUACGGAACGUGGUGACGUCACACUGGUUCGCUUCCUACAACCGAAGGUGCAGCUACUGCAUACCAAGACUCCUGAUGCUAUCAACUAUUACUUUUGGAUGGAGCUACCAUCACCUCCUCACUCAUCAUACUGCGCCAUAACGCGCUGGCGCCGCGUACACUCGCGUUCAGUGAAGCGCGUCGCGUACAGUCGCGGAGGCGUCAUCCUCGUCUCCUGCUCUCAUGAUGCCUCCGUCAGUCUCAGGAUCCGACACGUGCCUGGCAAGAUGGAUGACUACACCUUCAAAGUUAUUAGGGGUGUGAGUUGCUUCCACAUAGUAUCAGCUCUCCACCUGGUAGCGACGGGUGGGUGUGACGGCGCGGUGCGUCUUUGGCAGCCCAGUGGCCGCGCGCCUUUCGCCACGCUCGCGGCGCCCACCGCACCGCCCGUGCGGGAUGUCGCCGUCAUCGCUGCGCAUGAACUGGUCCUCGCUUAUUGUAAUAACUGUACGGUACACAUUUGGGACUUGUACGAGGAGUGUCUCCUGCAGACCAUCAAAAUCAAAUUCCCAUUUCUCGGGGUCUUGGGAAAGAAAGUCGAGUUCGGUCCCUAUUGUAUACACCCUGGCCCAGCUCGCAAAGAGGAUGAUGAAGAAGAAUUACCAGUAGACGAGCCAAUAAUACUGUCUCGUCGAGGGUCGAGCGUGUAUCAGGGAUCUACCGGUGGGCUUAUGCUGCAACUCGAUAGCCAGAACGAUUGGGACAAGAAAGGACUUGAAGAUGAACCUGAAUACAAGCGGUACAACCGGAGCGAGGUGUUAGUGUCGUGCUGCGACAGCGUGUGCCGGCUGCAGCUCAGCGCGCCAGUAGGACGCGCGGUGGCGCCCCCCGCGCACGAGCUGCGCGCGCGCCGCCCCUCCGCCUGGGACCUGCCUGACGAGCCCGGCACUAGCAGUGAGUACACGCGGUGCAGCCGGAGCGAGGUGUUAGUGUCGUGCUGCGACAGCGUGUGCCGGCUGCAGCUCAGCGCGCCAGUAGGACGCGCGGUGGCGCCCCCCGCGCACGAGCUGCGCGCGCGCCGCCCCUCCGCCUGGGACCUGCCUGACGAGCCCGGCACUAGCACGUCAUCAACGACGCCGCGCUUGAGACCGUCGCUUGCGCCGACGCCGCAGCUGCUGUCGCCUUCUACCGCGGAGUUCCCGCUCACAGACCUCGAUACGUUGCUGGAAAAUGCUGGACUCCAAGGCAUUUUGGAAAAGGACUUCGUGCUUAUGCAAGGACUAAAGAAUGAUCUGAACAGAAAGUUGGCAGAAAUGGAAGCAAACAAACAAGUGAUGAACAAUGCGGUCUCAGCGGGAGCGCCAUAUUUAGCCCUGAGAACGUUCGACCCUAUAACAGUGCAACCCGUGGACGAAAUGAUGGACGAAUACAAGCGAGUCAUGAGACUGUUUCCCGAUGCAAGCAUUACUGGUACACCGACAGGCAGUGAAAUGACAACUCCAAGGCAUAGCAAAAGUCAUCGAUUAUGAAAUUAACACUUUUAUUCCAAGGCUUACUUAUUUUUGAUACAAAUUAAAUAAAAUUCGACCUUUGAUGAGACUUUUGACCUUUGAUAAGACUUUGACAAUAUCUUUAACCUUUAAAGCGAUUUCGGCCAUACCCGGGAAUCGAACCUGAGACCUCGUGCACAGCAGCCGCGCCUGCGACAGCCGGAGCAAUUAAAAAAUAUCUAAUUAUUCAUGUUUAAAAUAAACCUUUGGUUGUCUACGGCUGUUACAAGAAAUUCGGAAUUUUUGCACCAUAUUUUCAAAAAUGCAUAGUCAUUCAGUUGGUAAAGCAAAUAAAAAAAACAUAAGAUUAACUAUCAUAACAUAGGUUCAAAGGCCAUAAAGGUUAACAUAAUAUUUUCACUUGUGUUAUUGUUUUUUAAAUACAAUGCAGAGAAAUCAAAUGUCAUGUCAAUAUUGUUUUGAUAGGAGGUCAAUGUUUGAAGGCGUUGUUUAUAAUAUAUCGCAUAGG